AAGGAACUCAUGCAGUCAAAACAUACAUCCAAUGGAACCACUGUAACUGAGUUCAUUCUGCUGGGAUUGGUGGAGACACCACAGCUGUGGCCAGUUGUCUUCAUACUCUUCCUCUUGGCUUAUAUGAUAACAGUUGGGGGCAACCUCAGCAUCCUGGCAGCUGUCUUGGUGGAAGCCAAACUGCACACGCCCAUGUACUUCUUCCUGGGGAAUCUGUCAGUGAUGGAUGUGGGGUGCAUCAGUGUCACUAUUCCCUCCAUGUUGGUUCGGCUCUUGGCCCACAAGCUUACAGUUCCAUAUGGAGACUGCCUCACACAACUCUUCUUUUUCCAUCUGCUGGCUGGGGUUGACUGCUUCCUAUUGACAGCCAUGGCUUAUGACCGCUUCCUGGCCAUCUGUCAGCCCCUUACCUAUAGCACCCGAAUGAACCAUUCAGUCCAGAGGAUUUUGGUGGCUUCAUCCUGGGUUUGUUCCUUCGGCAAUGCACUGACCCACACUGUGGCCAUAACCACACUUCACUUCUGUGGCCCCAAUGUGAUUGAUAACUUCUACUGUGACCUUCCCCAGCUCUUUUGGCUGUCCUGCUCCAGCACCCAAGUUAAUGAGAUGCUGCUCUUUGCAUUGAGUUUCUUAAUGGCAGGAGCCCCCAUGGCACUCAUUUUCACCUCCUAUAUCCACGUGGCAGCUGCUGUUCUGCGAAUUCGCUCUGCUGAAGGCAGGAAGAAAGCCUUCUCUACAUGCAGCUCUCACCUCACUGUGGUGGCCAUAUUCUAUGGCACAGGCAUGUUUAACUAUAUGAGACUUGGCUCCAUCAAACUUUCAGAUAAGGAUAAAGCUAUUGGCAUUUUCAACACUGUCAUCAACCCUAUGCUGAACCCACUCAUCUACAGCCUCAGGAAUCCUGAUGUUCAGGCUGCGCUCUGGAAGGUACUCACAGGCAGGCGACCAGCAGCUUGA